AUGCCUAAACCCGAAGAUCAACGUGCUUCCGGGUUUGGCCCUAUUCGCAGCCGCCGGGGAAAAGGACGCGGUCGGAUCGAUAGACAGUUUCGAGAGCGUUAUCAGCCAUACCAACUGCGAGUUCCGAGUCGAGUUGUUUUGCCCCGCGGACCUGGCAACCCCCGUGUGCACCUCCAUGGAUUUGGUAUGCCGGUAUCACCCACAUACUCCACCCUCGCAGAAGCCCCAGAGUCGGAGUACCCCCUCGAAGACGAUCCUACCGAGUCCGAAGAAUCCUAUAAGACUUCGGCCUCGGACUCAGAAUAUCCUCUGCAAGAUGAUCAUGCUUCUGUGAGCUCCGUUGUGGCAGAAGCCUCGAACUCGGAGUACCGCUUUGAAGACGAUCCUACCGAGUCCGAAGAAUCCUCUAAGACUGCGGCCUCAGACUCAGAAUAUCCUCUGCAAGAUGGCCGUGCUUAUUCCGUGAGCUCCGUUGUGGCAGAAGCCUCGGACUCGGAGUACCCCCCACAAGACGAUCCUACCGAUUCCACCGUCUCCAGUCCAAAAGUAGACUCAGAUCUGGGUCACUUCUCAGAUCAGGAAGAUGCUUUCUCUGGUUCAUUUUACUCGGCUCAGGGCGAUAGCUUCUCCAUUACAGAUCCUGAAGCAAGACCAGCCUCAUUCAAUCGGCAGUUUGGACAAGAAUAUCCUUGUACCCCAAGCCCUACCGCGACGGCGGCUACAGACUCAGAUCAGCCUUCCGAGGAAGAAGAUUUCAACAGCCUCCCCGAGUCUCCUCAAUCUUUCGCGCCACCAACCACCGUUGGCCCUGUCAUUGCCGAGCAGGAAAUAAUCUUACCAUCCAUUGAAUUUGAUCAAGACGUUAUGGGUACACGAAGUUCUCAAGGCCUUAAUUCGCCUACUGGCAGUCGUCCCAAACUCCUACCUCAAACUCGGGCCAAUCGGGAGAAAAGAGCACGGGAGAAGCAGACGCAGCAGCGACUGGUCCAGGCUCUGGAGAAGGAGGCUCUUGAGAAGGAGGCUCUUGAGAAGGAAGCCUUUGCAAAGGAAGCCCAGGAAGACCUUCAAGUUAUCGAACGGCUGGACAGCCUGGAGAUGUUCGAAACUCUAGAAGGCGAAGACACCAAAGUCGAUCUUCCCCUGAUGAAAUCUCCGUCGCCAUCACCCCGCGCGAGAUCCUUGGGCCCCAGGAUGAAUGAAGUUGUCAUCGAUUACCUCGCGAAGAAAGGCUACAGCCGCACCGAGGCUAUGCUGCGAAUGGAGUCGGCAAAUCAAGAGAUCGAUGGACGUCCUCUUCCCCAACUGGGAGAGGAUUCUCGCCCAAAGACACGCCAAGGAUUUGAUUUGUUUAAGAACUGGGUCGAGGAGAAUCUUGAUCUGUACAAAGUGGGUUUGCAACAAACAUUCAGGGACUGUUUGCUAAUUACUUCACAGCCGGAACUACGUCGCGUGCUCUGGCCGCUAUUUGUCUACUCGUUCUUCAACAUGGUGACAUCCUUUUAUCCGCAGGAUGCUAAAUCAUUCUUUGAGGCAAACAAAAACAUGUUCCUUCCCGAGCACACUGACGACAUUCGCCACUUUGAGCCUAUCAGUCUGCCUGAGCAUCUGCAGGAUAACUCCAUUGCUACGCUGUAUCGCACUAACAAAUAUCGUGUGGUUCUGAGCAACCCUGCAUAUACCAACCUGUUGCAGUUCUUGGAAAGCAAGGACAAAGAAGGAGGGUCUGUCAUGAACGCAAUUCUCAGCAGCUAUUGCUCUGUGAAAACCCUAGACCGAGCUGCAGACGACCGCUUCAGCUUCGCUGCUAUGUUGAGCCAAAUCGGCGCUGGCCAGACUUUCCCUGCUGAAGAUGAAGGCAUCCCAGGCCACCAUCCUGGUUCAGCUUACACCGGCGACAACCCCGCUAUGGCUGGUACACUUCCCAGAUUGAGGCUCGGAAAAAUGCCGAUGGAGCCGACUUUGGAGGAGGAUGUGCGGGCUGAGCUGGCCGAGGAGGAUCAAAAGCAAGCACCUCCCCCCGGCCGCAACACGCUCACCCAAGAGUUCGAAGAAAUGAUCAAGAAGGAGGAGGAGGAUGAAGCGCCUUCCCGCACUGAUAUCCCAUUCCCCGAAUCCACAGCCCGUGACGUUCACGUCGAGGUGAAAAGGGUCAUGGAGCAUCGCGAUCGAUUUGAGAUUAAAGGUCGUACUGGCGGUGUUGGCCCAGGAGUUAGUGUUUGCAUGUUCACAUUCCACAACACCUUUGACAACAUUAACUGCAUGGACGUCUCUGAUGACAAUUCGCUCAUCGCCGCCGGAUUCCAACAGUCUUACAUUCGUGUAUGGUCUGUCGAUGGAAAGCCGAUUCCCAAGUCGGGUCCCGAGUUUGCCGACAUGCCCGAAUCAAACUCGCAUCGCUUGAUUGGCCACUCGGGUGCUGUCUACGCAGUUGCCUUCCCACCCUGUUCAUCUAUUCGUGACGAAGUCUCAGAACAUGACCGCGUUCACACCGGAGCUCGCUGGCUUCUUUCAUCAGCAGCCGAUAAGACAAUCCGCUUGUGGUCUCUCGAUACUUGGCAGUGCAUGGUCAUUUACAAGGGCCAUGAUGGUCCAGUCUGGGAUCUGCGCUGGGGACCUUUUGGUCACUACUUUGUUUCUGGUAGCAAUGACCGGACUGCCCGCCUUUGGGUCUCUGAUCACAUUCGCCAGCAGCGCAUCUUUGUUGGCCAUGACCAGGAUGCUGACUGCGUAUGCUUCCACCCCAACUCAGCGUAUGUGUUCACUGCUAGCUCUGACCACACUGUUCGCAUGUGGGCAAUCACGACUGGUAACGCAGUUCGCAUGUUCACGGGCCACACCGGAAACAUCACCGCCAUGGAAUGCAGCCGUGAUGGUAAGCUUCUGGCCUCUGCAGAUGACCAGGGCACCAUUAUCCUGUGGGACCUUGCACCUGGCCGACUCCUGAAGCGCAUGCGUGGUCACGGCAAAGGAGGCAUCUGGUCUCUCAGCUGGAGUGUGGAGUCCACUGUGAUUGUUUCUGGCGGAGCAGAUGGAACUGUCCGUGUCUGGGAUGUCGCUGGUCCCCAAGAAGGUCAAGGUCGGAUUGUUGGCGAAGGAGGCGCCGGAGCCAAGAUCGAUGCCGGGCCUACUCCUGCAGGUCAAAACAAGAAGAAGAAGGCCAAGGAGACAGUGGUCACCUCCGAUCAAAUCAGUGCUUUCCCAACUAAGAAGACCCCCGUGUACAAGGUCAAGUUCACCAACAUGAACUUGGUCCUCGCAUGCGGUGCCUACUUGCCUUAG